UUUAGCUGGGGAGCUGUCAAGGAGCAAAUGAAUGUUUUUCGUCAUUAGUUUCAGUCUCUUCGAUAUGAAGCUCUGAGCUUUGUAACUAGCUAGCCUGAGUUAAUGUGUGAAUACUAAACGGCUCCCUACUCCCUAUAUAAGCGCGCUAUGUGUAGAAUAUAAAAUAAUGAAUUGUACGCCCUAUGUAGUGCACAAUGUGAGGUUUUUUUUAGGUGUUUAGGAUUCAGCCUUUGUGAAAGAAACCGUCUCUGGUCAACUCUUUGAAAACAACUGGGCCAUAGUCAGAUGUGAGUCACACUAUACGUAUAGGAUGAGUGUAUGGUCGAACCCGUGACCUUUCAGAGAGGUUGAAGCAUGGCAGAUGAGGAGGGUAAGCUGACGCUGCGGCGCCUGGAAGGACCCAUCCAGAAGUUCAUCAAAGUGGUGAUUCCCACUGAUCUGGAGCGCCUUCAUAAGCACCAGCAUAACAUAGAGAAGUUCCACAGAAACAGCCAAUGGGACAAGCUGCACCAGGAGCACAUCAAUGCUAGUCGCACUGUGCAGCAGUUGCGCUCUAACCUGCACGAGAUGGAGAAGUUGUGCCAACGUGUCCGCAGCUCCGAAGCACCUGCACUGGAGAAACUCGUCCAGCCAAUCAGAGAGCGAGCCUCAGUCGCCACUCAAGACUUCCUGCGGCUUCAUUCGGACUCUGUCAAUCAUCCAGGGCCACACCCACAACAGACCGACAGCACAGACACUCGCGCAGCCUCCGAUUUGGCAUUUAGUGAAGAAGAUGUGGGCGGGGCCCAGUCACCUGUCACUCAAUUCCAAGUUCAUUUACCUGCCAUUCCAGCUGAACAGAAUGCUGCGGAAUCCUGGGACUCGUUAGAAGAGGAUCUGUUGGAGCUCAAUGGGUUAGUGACUGAGUUCUGCUCCCUCGUGCAUGCUCAGCAGGAGAAGAUCGACAGCAUCGAGGCCAACGUUAGUGCGGCGGCGGCUAACGUGGAGGAGGGGACACGCAGCCUGGGGAAGGCAGCACGUUCAAGCCUGGCAGUGUUGCCCGUAGCAGGUGCAGUGGUUGGCACCGUCUUGGCCGGUCCACUUGGAUUGCUGGCGGGAUUUAAAGUGGCCGGUGUGGCAGCCGCAGUGGGAGGAGGCUUGCUCGGCUUCGCUGGAGGAAACCUCAUCCAACGCAAGAAGAAAGAGAGAGUGGAGUUGCAGCUUCAACGACUCGACACUAACCAGGAACACGAGCAUGUGCAAUAACACACCUGCUCCUGCUGAGGAGAGUGGAAUCCUGUACUGACACACAUUUUAAUCUGCACAACGCUGGUAUUUAUACUACACUCAUCUCUCAAAUCUACUGCCUUAAAGAGACUGUUUUUGCACCAAAACAACAAUUUCCAAAGUGUGUGUAGUAGUAUAUAAUAUAAUAACCUGUGUUAUUGACGUGACUGUUGGUCAGAAUGUUGUUUGUUUACUGUGUGUGCGCCAUAUGGGGACACUUUAAGCUGUGGUAAAAAAAAAAAAAAGAUUUAUACCAGGGGUCUUUUAUUGAUCGAGCUGUGCCAGAUUGCCGACGUCAGAGAUCACCAGGGUGUCACUGGUGUUGGGGUUAUGAAUGAUGAGCUUGAGUGCAACACGAAUUGUACACUGUGAAGUGUGUGGCUAUGGAAUCAUUCGCUAAAAUCACACAAAUAUGAGACAACAAUAAUAGUCAAAUAAUCAAAAUUAGGCAUGUCACAAUUAUUACAUAACAGUUUUGAAAUAAUUAGUAUUGAGACUAAAUCAUUAGAUAUAUAUAUAUAUAAUUUAUUACUGUUUUGCUGUUGAACUUGUAAUUUAGCCACUUUUACUAAAAACUUGUAGAUGAAGAGAAUUUUACAUUACUUUACAUAGUUUCUGCUGUAAUUGUGUUUUGGAUACCUUAGUAAUAAGUUUUGUAGCUAUAUUUCUUUAUUUUUUUUACAGUCCAAAAAACAACAAACGCAAACAGAAAUUCAAUAUGAAUUUAUAUAUGAAUAGCUGUUUCUAAAUAAUGUGAGCUAUAAAUAUGCAUUAUUACACUACGGUUAUGGAUAUAUAUGGCAUAAAGUCCCCAGAGAUGACAGUUACAUUGUUAAUCAUCAGUUUUAUAUUAGUGAAAGGCCUAAUCACAGUAAUUAUUUAAAUGGAGUUAACUAUUUAAAUGGAGUCAGACUACAAAUCCUGUCUUUACACAGGGUUUGUACAGAUGCUUGAACUCUGAACUUGUGUUUUUAAGGUGUGAAAUGUACUUAUGCAGGUUUUGCAAGAAAGACAUCAACAACAUGGAGACAUUUGCAAUUUGUGCCAAAUAGCAAGCAACUGCAUUAUAAUACCUUUAGCAUUGCAGUAAAAUUGUGUAAAUAAUGCAGGUAAGUAACUAGCUAGCGUUGUUUCAAGUGUUCAGAAUUAGGACCUAACAUUAUACAGUUUAGUACAGUUUAAAAAAUCAAAGCUACUGUCAUUUCUUUAAACCCAGUCAUUCCUGCAGAAACCUAUUUAAGCUUAAAAGUCUAAUGACCCAUGUAGAAAGUUCUGGAAAAUUAAAUUAAAUUAAAUUAAA